AUGAUCAAUCGAUACCUGACAGAUAAAGCAAUUUACAUCUCGUACGUGAAAGAUAAUACCGGAACCAAUAAUUUUGCCUCGGUGAUAACUUUCCCACCUACGUUGCCAAAUAGAAACACAAAAAACCAUAAGCCAAUUCUUGAGCUGCAAGUUGCCUUUUUGUGUCUUUCCUCCUCGGCGCUUGCGCUCGCUCGCUUGGCGGUCCCUUCUCGAGGAGGCGUGCGUCGGGCAGUGGCGCUACACGCUGUGUGUUGUUUGCAGUUGCCCGAGAGGCGCGCCCUCGCCACCCUGCUCCGGCGCUGUCGCUACCCCGCCGCCGCGCCGCACUUUGCCGGCCUAGUUAGCGCGCUGCCGGGCGUCCAUGCACGAAUCAGUAGAAAAACUUGGAAGAUGCGAAAAACUGGAAUAUAUCGGAGAUGUGAAAAUGUACAAAUGGUGGAGAGGCACACGAACGAGAGGAAUAGGCUGGAUGAUUAUCAGAAUAUAAAGCGCAGAGUGUUGGAGUACGCGGAGACGGCGAUGAACGAGCUGCUGGGGUGGUACGGCUACGACAAGGUUGACGCGCGCGACACGCAGGGCCUCAACCUGCACCACUUCGCCAGCAGCGCCCCGCCGGCGCAACGGUCGCCCCCACAAGUUUCGUCGCAGGCGGAGGUCCCGCCUCAGGCCCAGGCCCAGGCCCCGGGCGCGCCCCCCGCCCGGCCCCCCGCCGCGGCGCCCGACGCCAGCAGCAGCGCCAGCGGCAGCGCCAACGGCGACUCCAGCGACGCGGGCGGCUCCAGCCCCGGCAGCGCGCGCCGCGACCCGGCGCCCGCGCCCGCGCCCGCGCCCGCGCCCGCGCCCACCCCGGCCACCGGCUCCUCGCAGACCUCCCCGCCGCUCCUCGCCGUGAGUUACAUGGUUAGAAGUACAUCUUCUAAGAUAUGUGAGGAAAAUAAUUCCUCUCAGAAGGGACCUUCCUCCGAACAGAUUGGCAGAAUGCUGUUGGACGGUGUUGGCGAAAGCUCGUCUUACAUCAAACCAAGGGAAGACAAAAACAAGAAAAGGCGAAAGAAGACUGGAUGGCGUGAAGGAAAGGACGAGGACAAAAGAGUGGACCUCUACUCAGAAAAGUCAAAGGGGAAGGGAAGGGGCGAAGUGAGCAGGCGGCGGGCGGGGCCUUUGAGCACACGCGGGGCGCACACGCGGAGCGUCAGGCCGCCAGCGACGCUGACAAAUGCGCCGUCGCCCUGCCGCGCCGCCCGCUUUCGCGACGCCUCGCGUCGUGGCUGCCGGCGCUUGCGGGACCUCGCUGCCACCGCGCACGUCGCCCGCUCGAAAUACCGGCGCGGCGGCGAGAAGGGCGCCGAGGAGGCAACGGAAGUCGGAUUAAGAACAAUCGUGCGAAAGUGACAAUCGUGCGAAAACCUUUGGAGGGGAGGCUUGCGGUCCUGUCAAGGCGCAGAGAGAACGGAGUCAUUUUUGGAAGUUGUGGAUGCAAUGGCGAUGAAAUAAUAUAUUUACUUGCUCAAAAGAAUUUAAUAAUUAAAGUUUAAAAACUAAAUAGUAAUU